AUGAGUACUCAGACAGGCUUAUUUAUUAUCGAGCACACCAACCAAGUAGGCGUCUUCACUCCGGAGCUCCAGUCGGAUAUCACGCCUCCUGAUAGCAUGUUGUGAUACAAAUCAAUUGUCGUCGCAACCAAAAUGGUGAAGCAAUAGCAUGACACACAUUGUAAGUUCCAGUUUUACCUGAGUUUGAGCAUGGCAGAUAAAAAGGGAAAACCUGUCACUCCAAUCAAAACACUCACAAAGAAAGAACAAGAGGAGCUCAAGAAAAAGGAGGAAGAAAAAGCAGCAGAGGUUUUUGAAGAAUUCUUGGCAUCAUUUGAGACCAGUGAGAAAAGCAGAGUGAAAACCUUUGUCCGUGGGGGUAUCGUGAAUGCAACUAAAGAGGAGGAAGCAGCAGAGGUCAAGAAAAGUAAGCUGUAUCGACCUGCUACAAAGUUUGUCCCUGUCUCCCAGAAUUUGUUACCAGUAUCAUCUGCUGAAAGCAAAAAGUCUACAUUUAAAAGAAAGACAGAAGAAAAAAAGAAGAGUAAUCUUGAACUCUUCAAAGAAGAACUUAAGCUAAUACAAGAAGAGCGCGAGGAAAGGCAUAAACGGAAGAAAAAUGACCCUGGCGGAGGAGGAGAAGGAGGAUAUGGAGAUCUGGACAUACCAUUAUCAGGACGAUCAACAUUAUACGAUGACCUAACAGUGCCAACCACCACUAACCUCUACAUCAGCUGCAUUAGCCCAAAGAUGAACGAGGAGAUGCUCUGCAAAGAGUUUGGUAAGUAUGGUCCCCUGGCCAGUGUGAAGAUUAUGUGGCCCCGAACUGAUGAGGAGCGCUGCAGGACCUCCAACAGAGCCUUUGUGGCGUUCAUGACACGGAAAGAUGCAGAGAGAGCCUUGGCUGCACUUGAGGGUAAAGUGAUUAUGGGGUUUGAAAUGAAGCUGGGAUGGGGAAAACCAGCUCGCAUUCCACCUCAGCCUCUCUACACACCAGUGGGGGUGAGGGCCACGCCGCCACCCCCAUCUGGUCUGCCUUUCAACGCUCAGCCAAGGGGUCGCUUCCGCAAUGACUUCACCAAGCCACUGGGCAUGUCCAAAGGGGAGCUUGACAAGACUCUGUCCGAAGCCGUAGUCAAAGUGGUUAUCCCAACCGAAAGGAAUCUAUUAUUGCUUAUUCACAGGAUGAUAGAGUUUGUGGUGCGUGAAGGCCCUGUAUUUGAAGCCAUAAUAAUGAACAAGGAGAAAAACAAUCCAGAAUACAGGUUCCUUUUUGACAACAAAAGCCAAGAUCAUGUGUACUAUCGCUGGAAACUGUUCUCAAUCCUCCAGGGUGAGUCCCCAACGGAGUGGAGAACCACAGAUUUUCGUAUGUUUCGAGGAGGCUCCUUAUGGAGACCCCCUGUUCUGAACAACUACUCGCAGAGAGAUGAAGAGAGGGCAGAAGUGGAGGAGGACGCUUCCCCUGAGGAGGAGGUGAAGAAAGGGCAGCUCAGAAAUGAGCACAGACAGAGACUGGAAACAUAUCUUAAAGAGCUCACUCCAAGCAGAGAAGAUAUUGCCAGUGCCAUGCUGUUCUGUCUUGAGCGAGCAGAUGCAGCAGAGGAAGUAGUGGGACACAUCACUGAAUCUUUUUCUUUACUUCAGACGCCCCUUCAGAAGAAGAUUGCCAGAUUGUAUCUCGUGUCAGACAUCUUGCACAACUCAUGUGCCAAAGUAGCUGGUGCAUCAUAUUAUCGUAAAUUUUUUGAAACAAAGCUAACACAGAUAUUUGGAGACCUUAAUGCAGCACACAAAAACAUUCAAGCCAGGCUACAGGCUGAGCAGUUUAAGCAAAAAGUCAUGAGUUGUUUCAGAGCAUGGGAAGACUGGGCCAUAUACCCCGAACCUUAUUUAAUCCACCUUCAAAACAUCUUUCUGGGCUUCACCAAAGUGGGGGAAGAGUUGAUAGAAACAGCAGAGAAAGUAUCCUCUAAUCUCGACGGUGCGCCAAUGGACAGCACACCUAUAGAUGGGUUACCUUUGGACAAAGCUCCUGUAGAUGACCUGGACGGCUGCCCCAUGGGCUGGGACCCUCUGGAUGGGGUCCCUGUUGAUGACAUAGACGGUGUUCCUUUAGGAGUCACAAUUGACGACAUUGAUGGAAUGCCCUUGGAUGACAGCAACGUUCCUCUCUCCAGAGUACCUUUGUCUAAGUGGGAGAAGACAAGUGAUACUGGGAAAUUUUCUCAAGCCAAGGCUGUGUCUAAGUGGGACACUGUGGCGGAGCAAAACAGUGAAGAUGAAGUGAAUGUAAGUGUCCACUCGCAGGAUGGAUAUGAGGACUCAGAGAGUGAAAGCAGUGAUGACUCCUGCAGUUCGUCCAAAUAUGACAGUGCCGACUUCCAGAGCUCCCUUAGAAGUUUUCAGAUGUCUGCGAGCAAAAGGAAGAAGCUGAGAGAGCUGGAGGUAAAGGUUAUGAAGAUCCAAGAUGAGCUGGAAUCUGGCAAGAGGCCAAGAAAGUCUGGCAUGAGCAUGCAACAACAAGUGGAGCACUACAGAAACAAACUGCUACAGAAGGAGUUUGAAAAAGAUGAAGAAAAGAAUGAGAGAUCAACAUCAAAGUCCAAAGACAGGUCAAAGGAGGACAGAAAAGACAGGGAACGGAGCAAAAGAAGUGAAGAUGGGGACAGAAAACAAGGACGGAGUAGAGAUUCUGAUGACCAGCCUCGAAAAUCAAGAAGCAUCUCUCCUUUAAGGGCAAGGUCUCCCAAAUGGUCCAAACGUUCCCGAUCACCAUCACCAGACCGAAAGGCAAGGAAGUCCAGGUCACGGUCACCGCACCGCUCCCACAAGAAGACAAAGAAGAGAAAACACUGACUCUCAACUCUGGACCUUGUCAUCCCUUAGCUUGCUGCUGUCCAUGGGUUCGACAAUGCACUCCUGCAGUGCUUUAAACAGACUGACAUAUGUUCUCUUGGUCCCAACUUACACUAUCCAUGCAAGAUUCAACUCUUUUGUAUGAUGAAGUUUGAACACUGUACCUAAUUAAAUAUAUUUUUGUUUUAAUGUUUGUUUUUAAAAUGAUAACCAGAAAUGUUGCUGUAAAAUU